CGGCCCUCGUGGCGCGGCGCCGCAGCGUCACCGCGGCGACGGCCAGCGCCGUGGCCGAACUGCUGCAGGGCGCCGAGUCCGUCGUCGAGUGGCGGUCGGCCGGCCCUGGCCACGGGCCAGCGGCGGCGCGCUUGUCGUGCCCCGACGCCGCCGACGUGCUGGCGGCGCUCGGCAGCUUGCAGCACGCCAUUGCCCGCGCCAGCACGCUGCAGCGAUGCAGCGCCACACCCGCGGACCGCGACGGGAGCUCCUGGCUCUGCCCCGCGUGCCUGGUGCGCGUCCAGGGCGAGUGGGCGCAGGAGGCACAGGCCCUCGACACCGUGUGGAGCUUCGCCCACAAGAGCGCCUUCGUCGAGGAGGUCGGCGGCCUCAAGGCGGCGGUGGCGGCGGGCAGGAGGGCGCCCUCCUCCCUGGCCGCGGCCUUCGCGCUCUCGGCGCACCCGGGGCUCUCGUGGUCCGCCAAGCGGGAGGGGCUCUGCAGGAUGCAGCGCGGCGGCCUGGCGCGCGCGCCGGCGCCGUCGGGAGCCCUCCAGGGCUCGAGGCGCGAGGCCGUGGCCACGGUGCUCUGGGCCGCGGGGGGCUCGGCACGCGAGCUGUGGAUCUACGCGGAGGCGGCGCGCACCCUGGCGCACGCGGUCCGGCAGGCCGGAGGCGCACGGAGGCCGUUCCUCGCGCUGGCUCCGGAGGACCUGCCGCGAGAGGUGGGGGCCUUCCUGCGGCGCGGCGGCCUCGUCCGCCCCCGCAGGGUGCGCGGCAUGCGGGCUCCGGCCCCAGCUUCGUCCUCCCGGGCGGUGUGGGCCCGGUCUACGACUGGCCGAAGAUGCUCCUGUGGGGCUUGACGGAGUUCGACGCCAUAGUCUACCUCGACCUCGACACCAUGCCGUGGCGCAGGGGCGCCCUGGAGGGGCUCUUCGCUCCCGUGGCCUCCGCCCCCUUCGCACCCUUCGCCGCCGUCGGGUUCGGGCCCCGCUCCGAGCUCAACAACGGGGUCUUCGCGCUGAGGCCGUCCCGCAGCACCCUCGCCUGCCUGCUGGCGCACGCCCGCGCGGGCACCUUCUGGAGGGGGCCCCUCGCGAACGCCUUCGCGGCCCGUGGCGGCACCUGGCAGGCGUUCCUCGACCUCUUCUGGCGGCGCGGCGCCGGGCUGCCGCUGGGCAACCAGACGCGCCUGCGAGCGGCCUGCGCCGCGCGCUUGGCGGAGGGGCCGCCCGCGGUGCUGCCGCGCGUCUUCAACUUCCCGGCCUCGUACUCGGCGGCGGCCGCUGGCGCGCCGCGGGUGGGCGUCGUGGCGGAGGCGUGGGCCCGAGACCUGCGCCUCGGCCCGCUGCCAUCGUCCACUGGGUCGGAGGCCUGCGGAAGCCGUGGAUGCACUGGUCGCCCCUGGCGCGCUCGGUCUUCGACCGCCGCUGGUGGCGGGCGCACGGGGAGAUGUGCGCCAGUGCGCGGGUGCGGUGCCGGUUUCGCUGUGUGCUGUCGGG